UCUAUCCCUCACGAGCACCAAUGCCCGUCCCCGUCCCGCCACAGGGGUCUUCCUUUGUCCCCCUCGCCGUCAGCAGCGCGGACUACGCUGGCGGGCCGCCUUCCGCCACAAAAUAUUCGACCGCCCUCGUGUCGGCCCAGCCCGUAGUUCCUCCGGAGAUGUCUAUCCAGCUCCUCAAUACGCUGCUUAUAUUCUACGAGCAACGGAAAGGCUGGGUGCAACGCUCACGAGCCUCUCUCGAACUCGCAUUUGUCCAAGGUCCUUUACUCGUGGAACCGUCCAUCGGCCGCUCAUCAGAUGAGCAGUCAGACUCAGACGGCUCUGCCCCAUCUGUAUAUUCAUCAGGAAGCUCGACAGAUGAGCCCACUCCCGCAACAACCGAUAAUGACGGUAUGAUGGAGACGGAUGAGCCCACCAUAAAGCAGGAGGAAGAGGACGAUGGUAUUCCUCCGCGGACGCGUGCUCUCGUCCCUCUCACACUUCGCGCGGCGAAGCCAGCGGCGUCUUCCUCUAAAUGGAUGAAACGCAAAAAAUCGUUUAAUCUGCACCUUGGUCCCCUUCGCCAACAAAACCCUACUCGACCACGCAGACAAACGAGCGGCCCGGAACCCAGUGCACGUCUGCUAGAGCUCUUCGGUGAUCUCCUAGAAGUGCGUAUGGAAAGUUGCCUGCGAAUUACCCGACUAGUCCGUGAGUCCAACCGCUCGAUGCUGCACACCUGGUGAAGCGAUGUUCAUGUUGCCCCGCGCGACGUGCACAUAAACCACGUCUUUUUUACCAUGCGUAUAGCAUCUCAGGAGAGAGAAGAUUCCGUUGCGACUCCAUCAACAUCGACUCCAAUCGCCCAUAUCACCCUCCCCACCUGACAACAUGUUUCGUCCGAGAAUGCACCCCCGAUCGAAGUCGCUGCGGUCUGGGCCGUCGUUGACAUCACGCUUAUGCGUGUUUCCUAACACAUCAUGAUGAAAGGUAGAACCAUCCAGGGUUUUCGCGAACCGCAUAUAUACAGCUGCCUCACGCGUGGCUGGGAACGUCAUUGUUCGGUCUUCUAUAUCUGCAGCGGGAGCAGAUGAUCAAGCAACCUGCAAGCGCCGAAAGCACGACUUCUUUUCCCAACCAUGUCCCCCCACCUUGCUCUCUCAUACCAGAACGAAGAAACUUGCCAAACAUGCAACAACGCUCAUACACGAAAGCGAAUCUGCACCGGCUGUACCCACACAAAAACGGUUGUUUUAAUAUUAUGUUCCUGAAACGAAUUUUCCUUCUUUCUUUCUCCUCCGCAUUUAUACCCUAGCAUGUUUUAUCUCCACACCUUCCCCUCGCCCACAUAAAUUCGUGCUCAGCGUAUGCCAUAGCUGGCCUACUGAUGCACUCUUCUUCCGUCUUUAUCCGCCCAUCCGCUUUCCCAUAUUCUAGCGCUCCUUCCCCUCCCCCGUCUUUCUUUGUAUCUUCUCACAAGAUUGUACAACAACACAACAACAACGUUCUCUUCCUCUCUAAAUCCUGGUUAACCUGGUCUUUAUACUCCCCUCUG